GUUCCCCCAUUUAAAGCUCCCAGACUCUCUGUCCUGUUCACUGGGGGAAAAAAACAGCUAAUCUGAACACCAUAAAGCCAGAGGAACAUCUCACCUACGGCUACUUCUGCUGGGUUAGAAGUAUCCCUGACAACAUCCAGCAUUCAGGGAGAAAGGAUAUCGAGUUGUUCCAACAUGGCAUCUCUCAAAAAUGUGCUUUACCUGGGAGUCUGUCUAUCUUGGACCGUCACUACUGCAGAUGGGAACGUUUUGCCGAAAGCGGAGAAUGUACGCUGGAUGUCUCUGGACUUUAAAAUCAUCGUCGCCUGGACUAUCAAGCCUUCUGAUUACAAAUACACUGUCUCGUACUCUAGCGAGGACACUGACUGGACUCAGAGUUUACAAUGCAUUGGAAUAUCCCAUUCAGAAUGUGAUCUGACCGACCAGCUCCGGCCCUGGGACAGGAGCUACAUUGUCAAGAUCCAAACAGAGCCUGAUGUGGACGACUAUAACGGCCUUGACCUGGGAGAGUUCCCUUACACUGAAUCCACUCCCUUCAACCCCUAUAGAGAGACUAACAUCAGUGCAGCGAAUUUCAACGUAACGGUCGUGGAUGAGAGCAGAGUCCUGGUCACCAUCACAGACCUUCUGAGUGCUUCUCGUGACGGCAAGAAGCAACUCACCCUCAGAGACAUUCUCAAGAACGACCUCAAGUAUAAGAUCAGCUACCACCGGUUUGGAAACACAGGCAAGAGAGACAUCAUAUCUGACUCCAGUACAGCAGAGGUGUCAAAGCUGGAUGCAGGACAGAGAUACUGCUUCAUGGUGGCAGCUUUCAUCCCCUCCAGACCCAAAAGCACCCAGCAGGGAGCCUGGAGCAACCAGCAGUGUACUCCCGAAGGCAGUAGCGUCGUGCAAGAGCUAACCCUUGGAGCGUGGGUCGGUGUAGUCUUCAUCCUGCUCACAGUCUUCGGCAUCAUCAUUACGGUGACCUUCCUCUGCUGCAGACGCUACAGACAAAAAAACACGUCUCAGUCAUCAGCACCUGUUUAGUGUGUGUGCAUAUGUGCCUGUGUGUGUGUGUGUGCGUGUGUGUGUGUGUGAGUGUGUGAUUGUGUGAUCGUCUUACAAACACAGGGAGCUGGUCUCUCUUCUAUUGUCUUUGUUUCUAAUAAACCUGGUUUUACGUGGUUAUGCUA